ACCCAACUACUUCCCUUUGUAUCAGUUUCCCCUCAUUCUCCUAAAAAUCAAAAUUCUACUCCAAUUGUUACAUGAAAGAGGAAAGCAAAGCUGCUAUGGAUGGGAACUGUGCUGGAAAGCUCAAUUUCAAUGCGCCACUCUUGUCGACAAGGCACCCUGGUGGCUUCCCUGUUGUGGGAAUUUCACGCACUAAUUCACAAGGAACAUCGCGGGAUACAAGUACUAGAGUGCCAUUUUCAUGGGAGCAAGCUCCUGGUAAGCCUAAAGACAUGGGGAGAUUUGAAUCCGAUGACGAGGACCUGCCUCCUCCUCCUGGGCUCCCACCAGGGAGAUGGCAUCCACCUAAAGAAGAAUCCAACGAUGAGGAGUAUCAACAUUACGACGACAACGACGAUGGUUGCGACGCUGAUGUUGAUGAUGGUGAUGUGGAUGUUUUCUCAGAUGCCAUAGACAUGUUCUCCCUGUCAGAUGCACUAGACCACAUUGUUGAGGCAGCCGAGAAAGUCCACGGGCUGAACGGUCUAAAACUGGAGGCGCUGGAGUCCAGCGGCAGCGAGUCACCAAAUUUCAUAAUUCGGCGCUUUCUUCCAGCUGCUCAAGCAUUGGCUGCUUCGUCUGCGCUAAACGGUACCAGGAGUUUGAAUAGAAGGAUUCCCCAUACAAGCAGUCACCCGGAAGAUUGCCUAACGCAACAAGUUGGAAGAUCAUACUCCUCCCCCUCCUCCCCCUCCUCCAGAGGCUGUGGCCUAGAAUUUUUCUUCCCCUGGCGCAUGAAGCACAAGCUGUGUGGAGUGAAGAGCCCAGUCAGGCACUGCCCUCCUCCCAAUCUGAAACCUGAAUCCAGUGGUAGACAUAAGCGAAAUCAUUCAUUAGUUGAGAGGCCCCUCCGAGAUUAUGGUGUGUAGAAUUGAGGGCUUACCCUGAGAUUGCAGUACCAGUACGCAUAUUAUAAAGGUAAUAUAAGCCAAGUAUCCUAGGGUUCUGCAAGUACAACAACUUGAUUCUGCUAUUGCUGUACAUGUAGUAUAUUGAAGUUCAAAUAUAGUUCUAUAUGGUUAUAUGUAAUAGUGCAAAUAGUAUAAAGUUCAAUAAGAUAUUUAUUAUAUGAAAAUAUUA